GUUUUACCAUAGGGGCCUACCAUAAUUCCCGGCUAGGCUAGGCAUACGCCUAGCACGGUGUACUUGGCCAAGAAUGUUGUUCUCUCCCCUUGGCUUAAGCACUUGCCAGCGUUGCCAGCUGACAUCAGCGAUGCAGGCCUCUGCCGGGGUUAGCCUGCUACAAUAUCUCCUUAAAUACUCUCUAUCUUUCAGAAACUAUGGGGAAACGAAAGAGAAGUAGGUGCAUAGGAGCUAAAAGAAAGAAAGGUGCACUAUACAAGUCUCGGCAUCAAAAACCACAAUUGUAUUCUACUCCACACUUUGACCACACGUAUGCUGUUGAUCCUAAUGUUGAUUCAUUUGCAUCAGCAAGUAACUGCUUUAGUAACAUUAUACCAGACUGUAAUUUUGAAGAGGAUUUUAACUACUGCGGCUGUGUUGUUCAGUACCAGGAUGAACAUUACACACAAGACUUGAACAAUGAACCGGAUUCCAUCAGCUUGAUUGUUAAUGGAUCAUCUCUAUUACAAUGCAGUUCGGAAGAGGAUGAAGAAAGAUGUGUAUUUGAAAACUUGAAAACUAAUGUUAAAAACAAGGUGACCCGUUUUAAUGAACUGGGCUUUGAAGUGAUGAAUACAACUAAAAAUGUAACACUUAUUAAAUAUUACGAACAGCGUAUAUUUAGUGUAAUGCUUGUAGUUGAAGUCAGUGAACAACUUACAGCUUCUGUAACAGUUCAUGGAAAAAAUGUGCCGCAAUCAACUGCCAAAAUAUUCUCAAUCGCAGAUUUAUGUUCACUUUUGGAAUCGCUCAAUACUUUUUCAGUUUGCAUUGGAAACCCAGAUGAAGAAUUUUCACCCUCUAAAAAUAGUUGGGUUGAGGAAGAUGUUGGAGCUCAUUAUUACAGCAGAACAAUACGUGCUGCUGAUUGCCAGUUACUGACACUGUCAGCCGUGAGAUGUAAAAAUUGUUCAAAUCAUAGAAAAUAUUUGAGGAAUAAAGUAUGUAAGAAAUCGCAGUCACCAGGAUUCACUAUCAGUUUGACGUCAUCACAACCAAAUUCAACAAUGAAUAAUGAACAGUUGAGAAAGAAGAUGACCCUAAUGAAAAAGAAGUGUGUUGAUCUUGAAAGGCAGAACAGGAUUCUUGCAUGUAAACUGUUAGAAAGCAAAGAUCAAGAUGGAGAACUAUUAAAUGAUGAGGAUGGGGAAUUCACACAAUUAGUUGAAGACAGCACAUCACAAUUUGAUGAACUGUUUUCAGACCCUGAAAGUUUUCACCAGAUUUUUUGGGAAGAACAAAUGAAAUUUAACCAAUUGAAAGGAAAAUCAGAUAUGAGAUGGCACCCACUUAUUAAACUAGAAAAAUAAUUUUGUCAUUACUUCUUAAACUGGUACUGUAGUUCAAAAAUCAAUCAACCAACAUAAUAUUUAUUAUCACAAUGGAGAAUCUCACACUGUUAAAGAGUACCAAUUUAGUCCAAGUAAUCCAUAUUAUGGGUAGUUGUUAUUUCCUUUUUAUAACUGUAUGUAUAAAACUUCAUUCAAAAGACACAACUUAACCAUCACCGGGCCGGCUGCGGGGCCUCUUUUGAAAAGCCAAAAAGAAAAAACAAAAAAAUAAUAAUUUAUCUCCCAAAACGCCUCAGAGGCUAUUUCCAUCUAGAAAACAAAACUUUACCGGGGAUGCUCUUUCAAAAGCCUCUGGGGUACUUUCCCAAAACCCUCUGGGAUAGUUUUGCUUUUCAAUCCUCCUUUCUCUGGUUCCAUAAUUCCAUCUUUGAAAUAUUAAGUUUUAAACCACAAAAAGGAAGGCAGGUCGACACAGAGGAGCAUGUUCUGUUAGUUUAAUUCAUAACUGUACUAUUAUAAAGCGUAUACACUACUUUACAUCUCACUAACACCAAAUAAUUUAUUAUUAAAAUACCAAGGUGCAAAUUAAUGUUUACAAUCAUAGUUUCUCAUUAUAUGCAUAUUGCACUCAUAAAACAGAAUAAACAAUUUUUAACUAAAAUAAAUUGCAAUAUAAUAUUCUUUUCAUAACUGACUUUACUAAUAGUAAUAACCAUGCCAAUUACUCUUGUUGUGCAAGUUAGGUUAACAAUGACAGUAAAUAUUGUGGUUUAAUUAAAAUGAAUUUAAAAUUCUUAUGAGUACACAACA